UCACUAACGAUUUACCCACUUUAUAUUUUAAGAGUGAUGAAAAAGUAAUUAAAGAAGAUUGGGUAAACAUUAUAUUAAAUAUAAAUGGAUAUAGAACCUUCUUAGGAAUAAAAAGAAAAUAUAAAACCAAUCGUGAAAAUCGGUGGUCUAAGAUGGUUCUAGAUAAUAUGGAAAUGAUCAAACCCAAAUCAGAACAAAAAUAUUUGACUGAAUUUAUUAAACAACUUAAACAAAUCUUGCAAAAUCCUGAACAAUUCGAAAUUUGUAACAUUAAGUUGGACAGCAUCAAUAAUCAAUAUUAUCUGAUUGUAGAUAAUAAUAAUCCUUAUUCUCCAGAACCUCUUAAUUUGCAUGUUACUAAAUGGAUUAAAACUCAUAUUAAUGAUACAGAGUAUGCUCAACUUGAAGACGAGUUAUAG